AGUGGUCACAGUUCUUCGGGCGAGAGAGCGCCUUCCAUGACAGUUCGACCGACUUUCGAGACUCUUUUCCCACAUUUUCCGCGACAUUUUCCCCGCAGUUUCCCGUCACUUUCCCAGCGGGCGUGUGUGUGUCUGUGCCAGUCGCCACCCUGUCAUUUAUCUUUGGCGAUUUGACAUGUAAACAUCUAGGAAAAACAUCGCUCCGUCUCGCGACUCUCUCUCCCCUCAAGUGGCCUCCCAGGAAAACCUUCGACUCUCCGGACGCACAAACAGUGAUUUUCCCACCUCGUGAGUGCAGUGAGACUUUGGUGUGCGUAGCGAAGGAGUGUGUGCACGCGUGUGAAGGAAUUUUCCUCGGCGCGCUCCCGGAAUCACGUGAAGUUCGCCAUUCCUCAGCAUCGAUUCCGUUCGUGCGGGUGGAAAAGCGGGCGCCAGGGCGCCCCCAAUGACUCUCCAAUAAGGAAAAUGCUGUGUAGAGGCCACUGAGACUCCGUCAGAAGCGCCCUAACUUGUUCUCGAGUGCCAUAAAAUGUCCGGAGAAGCGCUCCGACGGAUACCAUCGCCUUCGGAAUAACUCUGAGGAUUUCUCUCACCAUCUCGGCUCGUCCGAGCUCACGCCCACUCCCCUGGAAUCGUGGAGUCAGCAGAGGUCACCCCAUCCUCACGUCCCAUCUGAGACUCUGCCCGCGUCUGCGGUGGCCACAAAAUGCAGGAGAGCAGCAUCUCAGCGUCAGCAGUGAUGGCACCGAAUGCAAAUGGCAUUGAUCAGGCACAGUUCGAGGCGGACAAACGUGCAGUCUACAAGCACCCACUCUUCUCUCUGCUGGCGCUGCUCCUUGAGAAAUGCGAACAGGCGACCCAAGGAUACGUGCCCGCCGCCUCAGCCUCGUCCGCCUCGUCCAACUCCUCCAGCCCGAACGGCACAAAUGGCAAUUGCGACAGCGACAGCUUCUCGCGCGACAUCCAAGCCUUCGUGCAGCUGCUGGAGAAGGAGAAGAGGCCCCUCCUCACGAAUGACUCGGAACUCGAUGGACUCAUGAUAAAGGCUCUCCAAGUGCUGCGGAUUCACCUGCUAGAGCUGGAGAAGGUGCAAGAGCUGUGCCGGGACUUUUGCACGCGCUACAUCGCGUGCUUGCGCGGCAAAAUGCAGUCGGAAAAUCUGCUGAGGGCCGAUUACCCAAUGGAGCACAACAAUAACCUGUCCAAUUCCAGCAGUCCGGCCAACACGCCCGAUCAGGAGCAAAUGACUGGCCAAUCAGGUGGGUAUUAUGGCAGCGCGGAUUUUUUAUCCGGAACAGAUGGAGCGGAUUUCAGUAGUCUGCAAGGAUCUUUCAAUGUUCACACGAAUUCCACAGCAGCUGCAGCAGGGAUUCUGGGAGCGACGAAUGGUGGCUCUGACAUCCACCAGAAUCCCGCGAGUGGUGCUCCAGAAAGCGCCUUGCUUCCGGGCGGCGCUGCCCAGUCUCUUCACGUGCAGACACCGAAUCUCGUGGCGCCUCAGGCGAGCGAAUCGCCGCAAGGCGCUGGUCAGAUCCUCGGAUCCACCCCGCUCAGCCAAAUAGGCUGUCCGCCGCUGCAGUUGGACCAGUACGCUGGCCAACUGUCGCCCUGCGGCAGUUCAGAUGAAAUGGACUCAGAGCUGGACAGUAACAAUGACGAGUUGGGAUCGAACUUCAGCACGAAUUCCGGGUCGAAGAGGCAGAAGAGAGGCAUCCUGCCCAAGCACGCCACGAGUGUGAUGCGAGCGUGGCUCUUUCAACAUCUCGUGCAUCCGUAUCCGACUGAAGAUGAAAAAAGGGCCAUUGCCGCACAGACAAAUCUCACAUUGCUGCAGGUGAACAAUUGGUUUAUUAAUGCACGACGGAGAAUAUUGCAGCCGAUGCUGGAGCACGCCAAUGACAACAAUCAGAAUUCGGUGCGCAAGAAAUCCUCAUCGCAAAGUCCCUCGAAGCGCUUCUGGACAGACGGCGUGAGCGCCGCGGGUCAGGCGGCCAUCAAUCCAGCCAUGAUUGAUCCCAACAUCGAGAACAUCAGCGCCAAUGUAAACCGGGCGGAUGCGGGCGCUGGCCAGAAGAUGCCCGACAACUAUUACAGCUCGGACGAGAGUACGGACAGCCUCAUCAUCGACCAGGACACUUAGAAUGCGUGCGUGUCGUGUUCCGGCAAAUAGAAAUAUGUUUUAGUAUUUUUAUUUCGUGCAGCUUCGAGAGAGAGAAAAGUUAUAAUUUCAGACAGUGAAAAGAGAAAUGUGUUGAGGAAGGGAAAGAUGAGUGGCAGAUGCUUUUGUGUGUGCUUUUUUGCAAUUUUGAGGCAUUGAAACAUUGAAUUGUUGAUGAAGAAACUUUACAACAUUGAGAACUGAUAACAAAUUUACCAUAUUUUCUCUUGAAUGUGCCAUAAUUACCAGACUAUAUAUAUAAUGUAAGAGGAUAAUUAGACUUGUGCUUCGCAUGGAACGGAGGAAAGAGAGAAACAUACGUAAGAAAAAACAAUUGUAAUUAAAACUUAUUGUAAAAGACGGUGAAAUUUGUUGAAAAAUUUCUUUCUCUAACAAUUGAUUUUUCCUCCUAAGUUGACUUAUUAAAUUAUACCAAUGUAUACGUAAUAUUACCUCAUAUUAAAUUAGUAUAACGAUAUUGUAAGUGAAGAUGAAAAAGACAAGAGAGAGAAACGUAAAUCACAGACAUAUUUGCUCAUGACAGUAUUAAGAGAUGAAAAAAGAAACAAACCACAAAAAAGGCGAUACGAGAAAAUACUUUACCAGCUGUUAGAGAUGUUUUUUGAUGAGAAAGUCAACGUCAACGUAUACGGAAUUAUAUUUUACUUAAAGGUAUAAAUUUAGAUGAAAAAAAACUAGUGGAAUGUUCAAUUAAGAUGGAGAUAGAGAAAUAUUGUGAACAAAGUAUAUUUUCCUAUUAAUUCUUAAGGCGAUACUCAGAUUAAUGUCUCUCAGCAGACAGCUAAAAAACCAACUGUUUCGACUUAAUGCCAACAAUUGAACAUGAGAAGAGAGAAAUCACACGAAACUUCCUAUAAAGAAUGAAUCACGAGGAGCCAAUCAAAAGUGAGGAGGAAAAAACUGAUGGAAAAAAGGCAAGAAAGGAAAGGAAAAGUUUAGAUGAUAAAGUGAGCAUUUAGAGAAUUGACUAAGGAACAAGAAAUAUAUACGUAAAUUUAUUCCAUCCUAUUAUACAAUUAAGGUUUAAAAACACUCUUAAAUAGUGGCAUAUUAGAGGAUAAUCUUUAGAUGAAAGACAGAUUUCAUUGUAUAAAGAGAGAAGGUGGUGAAAAUAUUGCAUUACGAGGCGCUAACUUUUAUAUAAAUUGUACAUGAAGGGACGAAUAGGGUUUUAUUACCGUGAUUCUCCUCUCUAUGCAAGCCAUAUUUUGAUCCUUUUCUUCCUUCAUAUAUCAGUUUGUGUUUGUCUCGAUUCAUAUUUUGAGCGGAGAAAUUAUUGUGCAUGUGAACUAAUCAAUGAUAAACAGAACAGAGUUAAUGAGUCUUUCUUUAUUUCGUUUCUGUCAAUAAAUUCUCAACUAAUAAAACAUUAAAGAGCCAGCGAGAUACAUUUAUUCUGAUGAGUUUAUCGGAAAUGCCAUAAAAAUGUGCCAUUAAAUAUGAGAAAAAAUCCACACAAUUGACUUUCUCCGUUCUCAGACUCGCUGCUAUACUCAUUUUUCUUGCGUUCAAUUUAAAAAGGACGAAGAAUACGCAUUGCCUGUGAUAAGUAGAAUGUUUCAUUUCCGCGAUCAGUUGCAGAGCCUGAACAGAAGAUGGUUUUAUGCUGAGUUCCGUUCAGACAAGAUGUUCUUGAAGAAAGCAAUAAUACAACGAAGAUUUCCCCUCCUUUUUGACUUGUUUUCCGGUCGCUUGAGCUACAACACAAACACAGAAAAUUAUCACAAGAAAUUUGUAUAUGGAAAUGUUUAGAAGGAAAGCUCGCUAGAGAAGAACAUAUUGAAGGUGUAAUUUGAAGCGCUUAACAUUUUAUUGGAAGAAAAUAAUAAAAAUUGGGUGAAAUUUCUCGAGACAUAAAAAAGAAAUGCUGUACGAUAAGAAUGACGAAAUGGAAAAAGCUGAACAUUUGAAUGAAGAAGUAAAAAAUGUCCAAGACUUUGGAGAUUUCUGGAUGUAUACUCAAAAAUAUUUUUAAGUAUUUUUAGCCCCUAAGAAGUGUAUACUAAAAAAAUAUUAUUAUACAGAUGAGGACAAGAUGAUUUAAACAAAUAAAAGUUUUCCUUGAAAGACA